GCAGCACCUCGUUGACCUUUCUCCUAGAUCUCGUUGCUGCCGUGGCAUGAGCAGGAAAGCGCCGUAGAAUUCAGUGCACGUGGAACUUUAUCUGUUGCAAGUGAAUGCCGCAGGUCGUCUUACAUCACCAUCAUUGAGAGGCAAAACAACCCUUUCUACCUGCGCGGUUCUGGCAAAAGGAAAGAAGACAACAUUAAAAUGUCACGGGUCAUUACAUGCGGCAUUUGCUUUAACGUGCUGGACCGGCCUGUGACACUGGAGUGCAACCACUCCUUUUGCACGGCCUGCGUCCUACAGACACUGCGCGACAACGGCGACAACGGCUUUCAGUGCCCCCUCUGUGCAACGCCCUACACGGAGCUCCACGCCGGCAACCUCGCCGAGUACGCGGACCACGAAACAGAGGUGUACGUCGAGGCCCUCGCCAAGGGUGUCUCUGACCCACGCAAGUGCCAGUGGUGCGAGAGCGCGCCGGCCACGGUGCAGUGUGCUGAGUGCAUGAGCAUCUUCUGCAACGACUGCAGCGCCGCCGUGCAUAAGAACAUCGCAAAACGCGACCACGCCGUUGGCAAAUUGAGCGACUCGAGUAAGAACUACCUGCGACGGUGCCACUUGCGCUCGCACGAGGAGUAUAAGGCGGAAUUUUACUGCGUGCAGUGCAGCCAGGUGUGUUGCGCCUACUGUCUGCAGGUAGGGCCGCACCGCGAACAUCGUCACGUGACGACCGCGGUAGCGGCAGCCGAGGCCCGACAGCAAAUGUCGCGAGACUUGCAGUCGAUUGUGGAGAGCAAGACACGCCUGGAGCGGCAGGCGGCGGAGAUGAACCGUGUGGCGGUGCAGUACUCUGAUUCGUACGACUCGGUGGAGAACGUGGUGACCGAACGCUUUGAGGCGUUCAAGCAGCAGCUGAUGCAGCGGGAGGUGGAGGUGCGGCGCAUGCUGACGAAACUGCGUGAAAGCGGCGAUGCCUCUCUCACGUCCUCCCGCCGAGAGUACCUGGAGACGCUCAACAAAAUGAACGAAACGCUGCUGCAGUUCCGUGGGAUCCAAAAUGGAGGCACGGACGACGAAGUGCUGGAGAGCCACGUGCAGCUAAGCAGCUGUCUCCCUUCCGACCUGCCCUCCGUGACGGGGGCCGGCUUCAAGAUGAUGAGUCUCGGUGACAUGACGCUGGCGGGUCUGGAGGUUGCGUUGGAUCUGCAGACGGUCGACGCCGGCCUGCAGCAGCAGCAGCAGCGCCAGCAGCUGUCUUCUGUAAAUGUAAAUCGAUCCGCGACGUACGGCGGCGCUGCCUCUUUGAAUGGCAGCACCACGUCCGGCUACGGCGGCACCACCGCGGCCCUGAGCGCGCCUCUGCGUCUCACCUUCCCCGUCGAUGACGACGUGGAGGCGACGGUACUGGGGGACGGCGUGCAGCUGCACUGUGUCUCCCGGGGCAGCGGCGCCACCCAAAUCGGCGUGCGGAGCAAAGAAACGUUUGAGUCGCUGUUAUCGAGCUUCCCGGAGGAUCGCGGUGUUGUGGCGUGGCGGGUGCGGCUCGACAACAUCUCCGACUCUUUUAUCGGCGUGGUGGAGAAGACGUUGCGGUCCGGUCAGGUGCCGAACGGGUUUUACUGGAAGCCCGCCUGCGCUGGGGUUGUUGACGGCCAGGUAGGUCGUUUUACGUCUGCCGUGCGGCGACUGCCCGUGUGCAGGAACGGGGAUCGGGUUCACUUCAUCUACGACGGCUCGCAAGGCACGCUGCGAGUUGUGGUGAACGACAACGAUGAUCGUGGGGUGAUCGUGGCGGACUUGCACCCCCGCAUGGCCGCCUGCUUCAUCUUUUAUCCUGGUGAGGCCUUAACGAUUUUGUUUUAG